ACUACACCUCCCAGGGAGCCUUGCUGACGGCGCUGGCGGUCACGUGCUCGGCGGCCGACCAAUCAGGCGGCGCCUGCCUUUUGUCUGCUUCCUAAGGUUUCAGACGGGGAAGAUCCAGCUAUUCACUAUGUCUGAACAAGGAAAUGAAAAUGAAACAUCACAGUUUUCGGCAUUGGGACCAGCAAAUGAAGGCGGAGAAUUGCAAGAAAGUGACAAUCCAUUCCCCAGUAUAUUCCCACCUGACGCCAACAAUGAGUCGGAGAGUAAACCCCGCAGUGUUACGGAAUCGGGAAACGCUGUAAGUUUAGAAGUGCCUGAUAGUGAGGACACAGAUGACUCCAGCGAACCUUUUCUUCCAGAGCAAAAGUCUGGAAUAACAACUCCUCGGCCAUCCCGAGAAGUAUCCGAAAGACACCACCUUGAGACGUCUCCUCCUCCGGACACCAUUGUGGAGAAUUUUCGGAAAGUUUCCAGCACGGACUCUGGUAGCGCAGCUCCUAGGGCUGACGUAGAGGACUUGAAUGAUUUCCGCACUGAUGGCUCAGAUACGUUUCAUUGCGAUAUCGAAGAGGAAGCCGGUACCGAGCUCGACAGCAUGUCUUACCCGUCGGCUUUCGACCAGCACACGAGGGGUACGGGCGACAAGCCGUAUGGGUGUAAAUUUUGUACUCGUAGGUUCUCCCACAGAUCGAGCCUCUAUCGACAUCAGAAAAGCCACAGCGGUGAAAAGCUCUACAAAUGCACCGAGUGCAAGAAAUCCUUCACCAACUCCUCGAAUCUCAGCGUUCAUUCCAGAAUCCACACCGGGGAGAAACCAUAUGAGUGCAACGGGUGCGGGAAGAAGUUUACACGCAAAUUUGCACUUGACCAGCACGUGAAAAUCCACAAACAGGAGAAGUUAUAUAUAUGCUCCCACUGUGGGAAGAGCUAUUACGACUAUUUCUUUCUCCUCAAACAUCAACAGAUGGAGAGGCCUUCUCCCCCGUAUAUUCCUGACAGUAUUAUGAAAUAAAUCAUGUCGUAUCUGU